AUGACUAUCUAUUUAUCUAUCUCCUGCAAUCUCUUUAUAUCUAUCUAUUCUAUCUAUCUAUCUAUCUAUCUAUCUAUCUAUCUAUCUAUCUAUCUAUCUCAACCUGUUUUCUUUUUUCUUUUUCAACUUUCAGAUUCUUUCUUUCUUUCUUUCUUUCUUUCUUUCUUUCUUUCUUACUUUCUGUCUUUCUUUUCAGCUUUCAGAUUCUUUCUUUCUUUCUUUCCUCCUUCCUUUAUCUUUCUUUCUUUUCAGCUUUCAGAUUCUUUCUUUCUUCUUCUUUCUUUCUUUCUGUUCAGCUUUCAGAUUCUUUCUUUCUUCCUUCCUUCUUUUUUCUUUCUUUCUUUUCAACUUCCAGAUUUUUUCUUUCUUUCUUUUUCUCUUUCUUUCUUUUUAGCUUUUAGAUUCUUUCUUUCUUUUUUUCUUUCUUUCUUUUCAGCUUUCAGAUUCUUUCUUUCCUUCUUCCUUCCUUUCUUUUCAGCUUUCAGAUUCUUUCUUUCUUCCUUCCUUCCUUUUUCUUUCUUUCUUUCUUUCUUUUCAGCUUUCAGAUUCUUUCUUUCUUUUUCUUUCUUUCUUUCCUUCUUUUCAGCUUUCAGAUUCUUUCUGUCCUUCUUCCUUCCUUUUUCUUUCUUUCUUUCUUUUCAGCUUUCAGAUUCUUUCUUUCUUUCUUUCUUCCUUCCUUCCUUCCAUUUUCUUUCUUUCUUUUCAGCUUUCAGAUUCUUUUUUCUCUUUUUCUUUUCUGCUUCCUCUUUUCUUUCUCUUCCCCCCUCUCUUCUAAUUGAUAUUACUUAA